UCCCACAUACCUACGACUACCGUCUGCAUUGUCUUUACCCGAGCGAGAGAAAGUCAGCAUGGAGGACAUCGUCUACCGUCCUUAUAAUGGUGAAUCAGACUUGCAGCAUAUCAUUGCACUUGUUCAGAAUGAGCUCAGCGAGCCAUAUGUCAUUUACACUUACCGGUACUUCCUCCACCAGUGGCCUCAGCUUUCUUUCCUUGCAUAUCCAGCAGAUGCCACCGCUAGCUCCGCACCUAUUGGCGUGAUAGUCUGCAAGCAGAGCAUGCACCGCGAGCGCACCAACCGUGGCUAUAUCGCUAUGCUGAGCGUAUCUAAGUCCUGGCGCAAGCGUGGAAUAGCCAGCGCUCUCGUACGCCACUCCAUGGAGGCCAUGAAGUCCAGUGGCGUCGAAGAAAUCGUCCUUGAGACCGAACACGACAACGCUGCUGCCCUUUCCCUCUACGCCUCCCUUGGCUUCGUCCGUGAGAAACGUCUUCACCGUUUCUAUCUCAAUGGCAAAGACGCUUUCCGUCUUAUCCUUGCUCUCGACCCGUCCUCCCCCAAGAACGGCAUCCCGAUACGUUUGAAAGAUGCUCGGGCGGACAGCUCCGGCGCGGGCAGCAGCUUGGGUAGCGAGAGCACGCUGAGUGCGGAUGGUGACGACGAUGAAGAGGAGCCGAACGUGGGGAACUUGGCGAAGUUGAGGUGGAAGGUGAGCAACCUGAGGGCUUCGAGGAUGGUGGCGAUGUGGGCGCCCGAUGAAGACUACGUGUCGGGUCGCUGAAUGAUGACUGUGAUCGAACACUUUCUUCGUCUCUUGGAGAUUAUGGAAUCCCCGCAUAUCCCCAACUGUUUCUUGCUGACGCGAAGUCUUCCAUGCUACUCUUCGUCGUCGAUGUCUUGCAAUGUCCUUCUUCCUUUUUCUCUUCAUUCUCCUCAUUGUAUCACCUCUUCAAAUUCCUUCCUCUCUGUUCUUCUUGGGCUUGCAAUCUUCUCGCCUUUUUUUCCUACUGGUCUCCAUAUCUCCCUGUUCUCAUUCAAUAUGUGAUAAGACUGUACUAGUUAAUGCUCCCUGUGUCUCGUCUCUUCUGUCCCGUUCCUCUUCGUCCCAUUUCUUUUCGUCUCCUUUGUACGACAACUUGUGCCCUCCACUCAUAUUAUACAUACGUACGAUUGAUACCCGUAUCAACGAACAUUUCCUGCAGCUUCCCACAACCAAGGCUUGCACAUGCAUGCCCUCUCGCUUGUUCCCAUGUAGCAAACCUGUUGACUCU